UUCAAACAUUAAUUGAAGCUCCGGAAAUCCUACAAUAUGCUGUUCAGUCGCCUGAUACCCGCGGCAAUCGCGCUGUUGCCUGUCCUCGUUUCCGCAUCCGACGUUAUCGAUCUCGAGCCCCAGACAUUCGAUGACAUUGUCCUCAAGUCCGGCAAGCCCGCCCUUGUAGAGUUCUUCGCCCCUUGGUGCGGCCACUGCAAGAACCUCGCUCCUGUUUGGGAAGAGCUCGCCACAGUGUACAAGCAUGCCGGCUCCAAGGUCACAGUCGCAAAGGUCGAUGCAGACAACCACAAGUCGUUGGGCAAGAGGUUCGGCGUCCAGGGCUUCCCCACCCUCAAGUGGUUCGAUGGGAAAAGCGACAAGCCUGAGGACUACAAGGGCGGCCGUGACUUGGAGAGUCUGACCAAGUUCAUCACCGAGAAGACGAGCAUCAAACCUAAGAUCAAGGGCAAGCUACCCAGCCAGGUGGUUAUGCUCGACAACAAGAGCUUCGGAGAGAAGAUUGGAAAGGACCAGGAUGUGCUCGUCGCAUUUACUGCACCAUGGUGCGGACACUGCAAGACCCUCGCCCCCAUCUGGGAGACCCUCGCCACCGACUUUGUCAACGAACCCACUGUCUUGGUCGCCAAGGUCGACGCCGAAGCCGAAAACGCAAAGGCCCUCGCUCAAGAACAGGGCGUCAGCUCCUAUCCCACCAUCAAGUACUUCAAGAAGGGCUCGACCACGCCCACCCCCUACGAGGGCGGUCGCUCUGAGAAGGACUUUGUCGAUUAUCUCAACACAAAUGCCGGCACUCACCGCGCUGUUGGCGGCGGUCUCGACGCUACCGGUGGCACCAUCGCAGCCUUCGAUACCGUUAUCUCCAAAUUCCAGUCUGCUUACGGCGAUGGUGCUGAGGAGGCCAAGAAGAUUGCUGCAGACCUCAAGGACAAGUACGCGCAGUACUACGUCAAGGUUUUUGAGAAGACUGGCGCUAACCAGGGGUACGCUGAGAAGGAGUACAAGCGUCUGCAGGGCCUGAUUGGAAAGGGUAACUUGGCGCCAGAGAAGUUGGAUGAUCUGAUGAGCAGGAGCAACAUCUUGUCCAAGUUCCUGGGUACCAACCAGGAGAAGAACGAGUUGUAGACCCUUGUCUAUUCUGACUUGACUUGAGAUGUCGCGCUUUAGUGUUUAGGAUCAUGUUCACAAUUGGUGUCUGAUGAGGAAGGAUGAUGGAAGCGAAGGAAGAGUGUGUCGCGGGUACCUUCUGUAUGACUUGGAAUGAUCUUAGAAAUGACAUUAUGUUUGCCGUCACAACGUAUCUAUCUUCUAGACAGCUUGGGUGCCCAUUCGUAGUCGUGAUAUCCUGAACGCCCAAUACUAUGCAACUUCUUCUAUGAACAGCAAAGACAUACAACGUCUCACCGCUGAUUCAAGUGGAAGUGCUUCACGCCUAGUCCAAUAAUCCCCUCAACUCACUUCCCCG